AUGUCUGCAGAAUCUCCAUUACGUGUCGGUGUCGUUGGUACAGGUAUCUUUGCCACGAAGAAACAUUUACCUACCUAUCAAAAGUCCAAUGGCAAGUUCAAGGCCGUUGCUUGUUUUAACAGAACAAAAGCAAAGGCUGAAAAGUUCGCAAAGGUGGCAUCCAUCGAGCCUUCAAAGGUUUACGAUGAUUUGGACCAUUUGUUAAAAGAUGAAACCGUCGAUGUUGUUGAUGUGAUGGUUCCUGUUCAAUUCAAUUACGAGACUGCUAAAAAGUGUAUUGAAGCUGGGAAAGCGGUAACUUUGGAGAAACCAAUUGAGGCCAACAUCGAACAAGCAAGAAAAUUAGUUAAGUUGGCUGACUCCACGGAUAUCCCAAUUGCUAUAGCAGAAAACUGGCUACACUUGGAAUGUAUUAAGGUGGUGAAGGAGAAAUUAUCCAAGAUUGGACCCAUUGCGGCCUUUACUUACAAUUCUACCGGUGCCUUUUAUCCAUCGGGUGAAUAUAUGGGUACCUCUUGGAGACAGCAUCCUCAACAUAUUGGUGGAUUCUUGUCUGAUGGAGGUGUGCAUCAACUUGCUCUAUUGACAACUUUGCUUGGUGAGGUUGGGAGUAUUGCCGCGUUCUCCAGACAGUUAAGAGAGCAGUCUGGAGCUGAUGACAUUGUUUUCUCCAGUUUGAAAUUGAAGGAUUCCGACGUCAUUGGUACCUUUACUUAUGGUUCAGCUUUCGGUGCUACGGAAAAGAGCAUAUUCUUGAAGGUUUAUGGCUUGAACGGUUCGGUGUUGUUGAACGUUUCUGCUCGCAAUGGUGCUACUAUUAAAACCAUGAUUGGGGCUACAGGCGAAGUCGAAGCUAAAGAAGAAACUAUUCAAGUAAAAGAGCAAGAGUUCUUCGGGGUGGAAGAUGAAUUCGCAAACUUCCACGAAGCUGUGGUGAAAAAGGACAAAUCUUUACUCAAGGGUUCUCCAAGGGUCGCCUUCCAUCAUUUAGCAGUGGUUGCUGCAUUCUUGGAAUCAGCUGCAAAUGGCGGUAGUGCUGUAACUGUCACCGAGCCAUGA